CUGCCACUCAUUCGCCCACUCAUCAUUCAUCGCCAGGUCGUCGGCGCUUCACGUCGACCAAGCACUUGCUCAAAAGCGAAGCGCUUUGAGACCCUUUUCCACUGCCUUGAUCCACACCUUGUCUAGCGUCUGGGCUGGGCUUGAGGAUCGGAGAGGCCCUGACGAUGCCCGGUCACACUCACCCAAUCUCAAAAUUCACCCUGCAUCCGCUGACUACCUACACCAGACUGACGAGACUGACUGACCACCAUGGCCCCAUCGCCGCCCCGUCGUCGCUCCAUCGCUCGCCCCCCCGCAUCCAUGAAUGGCAUGCCCAUCCCGGGGUUACAGAUAGCAAGGGCCGCAUACAUAUGCCAAUCUGCGUGGUACCGUAGACGGGAAGCCUAUUGAGGUUCCAGGGCUCACCCAUUCGCGCCGGUGGUUCCUUGGAUGGUGAAUAGCGCCAGGGGUAUUCAACUUGGGUGAGAAGCGGUUGGAGGAGAGCGUUGCGCUGGUCUACUCCAUUGGGCCAAAUGAUGCGUUUCCGCUGCUUUCUGCAAAGAUUUUUUUCUUUGUAGUAAUCAGGCGCAUGCUUGCCUGUCCAUGUGUCAGUCAUCUAGACUAUCCAGACACAAGCGGCUUGUGAGCCAGAGGGCCGGCACCCCCAGUUGUCGAUAUACCCAUGAUACCUUAACCAAGCCGUUCCUGACUUCCUCUCCCAUUUGCCUCAAUCUUCUCUUUCCUGAUUUCUUGCCCCGUUCGUCGUUUGACUGGUCAACGUCGUUGUCAUUUUCUUUGUUUGUCGUGAUUCUGGGGUUACGGCUUCUCAUCUGCCUCUCAAACGGAUUGUCACAUCAUAUCCCAAGUCUUCUGAUUCUUCUUUACCUUUGUUUUUCUUUCUCCACGUUGCCGGCCACGAGUGAGACUUCCUACCAAAUUUUCGAGCCGUCUCGACUGUAAUCGACAUAAUAGCCGGCAUCUCUUUCACCCAGUCCACUACUCAGCACGGCCCUGCUCGAGUAGAUAUUCACAAUGCCGGGGCCGCGGCGACUACUACAGCAAGCGAGCUCACUACUACUGGUUGUCGUCGCCUUGAGCGCGACAACAGUCUCAGCCGUACCAGCUAGCCAGCUGUUCCAACGACAGUCAACAUCAACAUGUGCGGCCGAGGGCUUCUCAAAGUGCCCACAAGCCGGCUUGCCCGAUAACUUUUGCUGUCCGACCGACUCGACAUGCAUUCCUUUGGCCGCAAAUACUGCGGCUCUUUGCUGCCCAAAUGGACAAGACUGCUCCAUGAUACAACCGAUUUCCUGCGACACUAGCAAGCAGGAUCCAGUGAAGAACCCUCAAGCAGGCCUCAAGACAAAUGUUUUGGAUGUGCCUUUGAAGCGGUGUGGUGAUAGAUGCUGUCCAUGGGGUUACUCUUGCAAUACCGAGGGUUAUUGUCAAAAGGAUGCGGAUCAGUCAAAGACGCCCCAAGAGUUGAAUAACAAGCCAUCGCCAAGCGUAACGACAACAGCAACCCAAGUGCCAAUUAGCAGUUCUCAAUCCUCCCAGACAACAUCCAAAUCAGUAUUCUCUGUGACCGAACUUCCUGCAGGAACCGACAAGCCAACAGCAACCAAUAAGCCGACAGCAACCGACAAGCCUCCAGAAACCGGCACGCCUGCAGCAAGUGGUAACCAGUCAGCAGGGAGUGCAAAGCCGGUGGAAAGCGGAAAGCCCGACCAACAAGAUGAUGAUGAUGAUGAUGAUGACGAUGACGGAGGAAGUCCCAAUCUCCUCAUCGCUGGCGUGGUUGCAGGUGUCGUGGUCUUCAUCAUCGGUGGUCUGAUUACCCUCUACCUCUGCAUCCUGAACCGCAGAAACAAAGAAUCCGGAGCUGGAGCCAGUCAACACGGCCAUGGCGAGAAACCCCGCCUGAACCGAUCUACGUCCUCCUUCGGCAACAUCAUCAGCAACCCCAUUGUUGCCGAGGACACCAUCCGAACCGACUUCAACCGCUCAGUCUCCGCCCAAUCGCACCGCGGCCCUAACUCGGACUUUGCUGCAGUAUCAGGCAACGUCAACCCCUUUGAUACUCCCCCUCGCGGGUCUCCAAACGACCACAGCCGCAACAACAGCCGGGCCAAAACCCCGUCCGAGGGACAGGACAGCAGCAUAGCCUACGGUGGUUACGGACGUAACGUCAGUGGAAACGUUCCCGGCCCAUCAGCCUACACCGGCACCAGCACCAGCAGCCGCAACAACUCCCCUCCACCAACAGCAGCAGCAGGCGGUCGACCCGGCUACACCACACCACCCAUUACCCCCUGGGGCGCAACGAGCGGACAAGCAAGCCCUCGCGAACCUAGCGGAAUCAGCAUCAACGUGUUCGCGGACCCACGAACAUUGACUCCCGAGCGGCUUGCCAAGAGCGAUUCCAAUGCCAACGCCAACGCCAACGCCAACAGCAACACGUACUCCAAAUUCAUUAACAACAACACCAAUUACACCUAUCUUAAUAACACCAAUACUUACAACACCGAUGAUUACGACCCCUUCAAUCCCGAUAACCACCAGGGGCAAUCAACCAGACCAGUGACAACCUUCACGGCAAUGAUGGAGGAGGCCGACUUGGGUGCCGUGGCGAGGGGUGCUAAGUACGUGCCGCCUACGCCCAAGACUCCGGCUGGGUUGCUGGGACCGUCGGUACCGGGGGCGGAUAACAUGCCGAAUAGGUUCUAGUAGGUUUUGCUCGCGAGCGAGCUAAGCUGUCCCAUGUGUGUGUGUGUGUGUUUGUGUAUGCCGUGUUGGUUUCCUUGCGCGAGUUUGGGGAUCAUCGGUGUUGAUGUCGGUAACGGGGAAUAUUGGCCCAAAGAGAAAUGCAUGCAGAUGAUUGGAAACGAGAGAUCUGUCUGGGAACCACGAGGGGCAUACACAUUUCUGUCUAUUCUUUUUUCUUCUUUUUUUCUUUUCACGUUCCUUGUCUGUCUGAUUAUUUUCCAUCAUGUCGAGAGCGAGGCGGUGGGCUGGAUCCAACGAUUCUUUUUCGACACGACAUCAUACUCAUCUACAUGUCUUUUUUGCCCCAAUUGUCUUCUUUCCUUGUUCCCUGCGGAAGACAAAAAAAAGGCGUUUUGCGUUGCAUUGUGCUGCAUUUUUUUCACUUUUUUUUUUUUUUCCUUUUUCCUCAACCGCAUUUUUCGCAUUUUUGAAAAGACGGGGGGAAGGGAGGCUUGGCUGCGUUGCAGUUUACAUAGCGGGAAAGGAAUCAGGAGGUGGUGGCAGAGGAUGGGAUAAAGGAUACUAUUUUCACACUGGCCUGUGCCAAGAAAUUUAAAACCAAGACAAGGUCGGAAUGAUUUUGGACAGAAGGAUGACGGAAGGAUGGACCGUUAUUAUCCGAGAGGAAAGGGAGAUGGCAAAGUAUGAGGGGUGGUGGAGGAGGAGGAGGAGGCUGCAAAUUCCAGUAUCCCAGCGUCAUUGAUACCCCGUAGAAUGCAUCAUCCAUUUCGAUAUCCAGUUAAUUCUUUCACGUAUCUGAUUUACCCCCCGAGCAC